UUUAAAUUCUUCUCUCCCUCCCUCGCUCUCUCUUCCUCUCCUUUCCUCUUUCCCUCAGGCCUCAAUCUCAAUCGCAUUUCCAAGAUAUUAGAAUAUGGCAGAUUCUGAGGACAUUCAGCCUCUCGUGUGUGAUAAUGGAACGGGAAUGGUUAAGGCUGGGUUUGCUGGAGAUGAUGCUCCAAGAGCUGUGUUUCCUAGCAUUGUAGGCCGUCCUCGCCACACCGGUGUGAUGGUGGGCAUGGGUCAGAAAGAUGCUUAUGUUGGUGAUGAGGCUCAAUCCAAGCGUGGUAUUUUGACUCUGAAAUAUCCAAUUGAGCAUGGUAUUGUAAGCAACUGGGACGAUAUGGAAAAAAUUUGGCAUCAUACUUUCUAUAAUGAGCUUCGUGUUGCCCCAGAGGAGCACCCUGUUCUCCUAACUGAGGCUCCUCUUAACCCAAAGGCCAAUCGUGAGAAGAUGACACAAAUCAUGUUUGAGACCUUCAAUACUCCAGCUAUGUAUGUUGCCAUUCAAGCUGUUCUGUCCUUGUAUGCAAGUGGUCGUACAACUGGUAUUGUGCUGGACUCUGGUGAUGGUGUCAGUCAUACUGUUCCUAUCUACGAAGGGUAUGCGCUCCCACACGCCAUCCUUCGUCUCGACCUGGCAGGGCGUGAUCUCACAGAUAACCUGAUGAAAAUCCUCACGGAGCGUGGUUAUUCUUUCACCACAACUGCUGAGCGUGAAAUUGUGAGAGAUAUGAAAGAAAAGCUGUCAUACAUUGCCCUCGAUUAUGAACAGGAGAUUGAGACAUCCAAGACCAGCUCGUCGGUCGAAAAGAGCUAUGAAUUGCCUGAUGGACAGGUGAUCACCAUCGGCGCAGAGCGAUUCAGAUGUCCCGAAGUUCUUUUCCAACCUUCCAUGAUCGGAAUGGAAGCAGCAGGCAUUCAUGAGACUACAUACAACUCCAUCAUGAAGUGUGAUGUAGAUAUUAGGAAGGACCUGUAUGGCAACAUUGUCCUAUCUGGUGGUUCCACCAUGUUCCCCGGCAUUGCCGAUAGAAUGAGCAAGGAGAUCUCCGCCCUCGCCCCGAGCAGCAUGAAGAUAAAGGUCGUGGCGCCACCAGAGCGAAAGUACAGUGUCUGGAUUGGAGGAUCCAUCUUAGCAUCCCUUAGCACCUUCCAACAGAUGUGGAUUGCCAAGGCCGAGUAUGACGAAUCUGGACCGUCGAUCGUUCACAGGAAAUGCUUCUAAAGGAGGGGGAAGAAUAGGAAGAUUGAUUGGUGAAGAGAUGGAGCAAAAAAUGUUGUGAUAUGGAAUGAAACUCGAAGCAGCCUUGUUAGCCUCCUUCCUUUCACUUUAGUUUUGUUUAUUCCUUCUGUUGUUCUAAUUUUGGAGCGAUGACUUUGAGAAGGGCCUGAAUUUUGAUUGCUAAAACGGUUCAAAUUCUUUCAAUAAUACUCUGUUAUUGAAAAGUUUUCACAAAUUUUUGUCAUAUGAUUUUAUUUCCACACCAAGAUUUUUAUUUCUCUCUCAAUCUGUCAAAGUAUAGGGGCCUAGGGGAUUUCACAUCAUGUGGUUUGUUUUAUUUACUUACUUUUUGUUGAUUCAAAGUCUACAAAAUAUCAAGUUUAUGAUAAUUUUCAUUUAUUA